AAAAUGGGUCUCCAAUCGGCAGCUGCUCAUUUCAUAAAUCGUUUUAUUAUUUGGAUUACUAUAUUUAUGGUUGCAUGCUUUUUGUUGAGACUUUUAGUAGUACUUGAUCUCAACAAACGUGUUUAUAAUCACACACCUGGUCCCUGCAGAGUUCUAACAGAUAACUAUAAAGGAACCGCCGGCAUGACAUACGUCGAAUCUCAAAAACGGGUGUACAUAACAUUGGGGUACGGUAGAGCACACGAUUUGAAAACAAAAACUGGCAUCGCAUUUUAUAAAACAAAUCGAACAGAUGGAAGGAGUCAGCAGGAAAUGUAUGAUUUGAUUGAAAUGACAAUCAAUUGGAAUGGUUAUGAAUAUAAGAAAGAGUUCAUUCCAACAGGAAUUGAUUCAUAUUCUUCAUCAAAUGGUCGUGUACUUCUCUAUGUAAUAAAUGCUCAUCCAAAUCAUCAAUGUAUUCAUUUCUUCCAAAUUGUUGAAAGUUCAAAACUUAAUCAUCGAAAAGCAAUAUGUGAUCCUUCAUUUUCAAGUCUCCAGGAUAUUGCUGUAGUAGGACCAGAUCGACUGUUUGUCACAAAUAUGGCUGCAUUUGGGAGAGGAUGGGCUCAAAUUUUGGAAUUUUCAUUACAGACUGGACAAGGAGCUGUAUACUACUAUGAUGGUAGCAAACUAUCAACUGCUGCUUCCAGCCUGAUUGCACCUACGGGAAUUGGAUAUGACGCAAAACGAAGAAUUCUUUAUGUUGGAUCUAUGAUCAGAGAGUCAAUAUUCGCUUACAAAGUAGCGAAGGAUACAACACUUGAAUUAUUGUAUGAAAUGAUGUUAUUGACAUCACCAAUUGGAGUUUUCGUUGAAUCAAAAACUGGAGAUAUUUGGAUUGCUGCUCAUCCAGUUAUUCAUGAAUCUGCAUGGCAUUAUACUCAUCCAGAAAAUCAAAAUAUACAUUCUCCAAGCCAAAUUUUGAGAAUAAGGAUACAGGAAGAAGGCAACUCUUGGGUAACAACUGAACCGUAUGCAAACGAUGGAGCAACUAUUUCGGCGAGUUCAUCAGUUGUAUUCACUGAUGAACAAAUGUUAAUUGGAAGUUCAUUUGGAAGACUUCUUCAUUGUGAUCUUACGCAUUCAUAUAUUACAUAGUCAAACUUUUAGAGCUUAUUUAAAAAAUAAACCGAUGAAUAUGAUCUA